AUGGCCCCGCGGAGUCUGCCUGCGGCGCUCGACCUGUUCCGUCGCUGCGCGCCGCUGCUCGUCUUGCUCCUCGCGCCCGCCACCGCCGUGCAUGGUGCCGCUGGUUUGGAGGCCACGGCCUCCCGUUCACGUGCCGCGUCGCACGUGUCGCAUAGAUCGCAUGAAUCAUACGCAGCUUCGUUCGCCGAGGAGCGUCGCGCGUCCGUCGCUCGUCAGCUGAGUGGGACAGCCGCGUUAGCCGCAGCGACGAAGCUCGCACCUUCCCAAUUGCAAGCGCUGCUGGCGCUGGACGCGGCAUGGGGGGUGUGGCGGCUGGACGAGUCGGCCGAGUAUUGCUGGCAAUGGAACUUCGUCCAGUGCGACUCGCUCGGCAUGGUCACCAACUUGACGUGCGGGAAAUCCAUCAAUGCUGGCGCCAUGGACCCUGCUAUCUCCAACCUUACCUCGCUCCAAGAACUUGACGUUGCAGAGAGCAACUUGACUGGCAGCUUCGACUUCAUGGCCUCUCUGCCCGCCUCCAUGCAGCACCUGGACUUGAGCGGCACCAAGCUGAGUGGCGAGCUGCCUGUUUCCAUCGGCAGCGCAACCAAGCUCACAUACCUCAAUCUGGAGUUUCUGAACUUCACCCGAUUGCCCGCAUGGAUCAGCUCCCUCUCCAGCCUCGAAUACUUAGAUGUGUCUGGCAUCACGGGCCAGCGCAUGCGUACCGCACCCUUCCCCACGGAGUGGACGGCCCUAAAAAAGCUGCAGAACCUGUACGCGGAUGGCAAUGGGUUCACGGGCUCCAUUCCUAGCACCAUCUCCGCCCUCUCCAGCCUCACGCAUCUGUCAUUGGGUUACAACUACUACAUUUCAGGAAGCAUACCCGACACACUUUCCACCCUCAAGUCCUUGUACUAUCUACGGCUUGCCACCAACAACUUGUCCGGCUCCAUCCCCCCGUCCUUCACCGCUUUGUCAUCUCUCGCUGUCCUCAAUAUCAAGGAGAACCCUCUUUCAGGAGGCUUGGAGGCACUUUCAAACAUGAAGGAGAUCUUUUACCUCAUUAUCGGUUCGUGCAAUUUCUCGGGCCCCUUUCCUGAAUUGAAGGCGUUAAAAAGCAUGGAUACCCUGGACAUAUCCAACAACCGCUUCACGGGAACCUUCCCGGCAGUCGCGCUCCGUACAAGCGUUACUCACAUCAACAUGUCCCGCAAUGCCUUCACAGGAGCUAUCCCUUCUGCCAUCUCCAACCUGCUCUACCUGUCAACGCUGGAUCUUCACAGCAAUGCUUUCACUGGCACUCUCCCAGACGUUCGCUCUUAUGACAAGCUUGCUGAGCUGGACUACGGCAGCAAUCAGUUCACGGGCGCCCUUCCUACCUCCUAUUCCCGCAUGUCCUCUCUGCAGCUGCUGAAUGUCAAUGAGAACCAGUUGUCCGGCCCCAUUCCUGCCAGCGUGGGCAGCCUUGCCAACCUGUGGUCCUUCAAUACGACGGCCUCGGGUCUGACCUGCCAAGCAGACGGCAGCAAGUGUGUGGUGCAGCAGCAGAACACCUCUACCUUCUGCCAGCUCUGCUACUCCUUCUGCUCCUCCUGCACGCCCCUCAAGC